AUGGCUGGCUUGAGGGUGGACUUUGGCUUGCUCUUGGAGCCUCUGGGUUUCAUUAAGGUCCUCGAGUGGAUUUUUUCCAUCUUUGCUUUUGCCACAUGUGGAGGCUUUCAAGGUGAAACUACCCUUCUAGUUUCCUGCAAAGGUGUGGUAAAUGAAACAGUUACAGCUGGUUUUGCUUAUCCAUUCAGGUUGAAUACUGUUGUAUUCAGUGCACCAGACCCAAAACGCUGUGGUGGUACUUGGACUGACGUCUAUCUUGUGGGCAACUUCUCCUCCUCUGCACAGUUCUUUGUUACACUUGCAGUGUUGGUGUUCCUCUACUGCAUUGCUGCCCUUGUGGUAUACGUUGGAUAUAAGCAUGUGUAUCAGCAAAAUAGCAAGUUUCCAUUAACUGACUUGGCUAUCACUGUCAUAACAGCCUUUCUGUGGCUGGUCAGUACUUCUGCUUGGGCAAAGGCACUUGCUGACAUAAAAAUGUCCACAGGGGCCAGCAUUAUUCCGGGAAUUGAAUCUUGCAAAGCACCAGGAACAACUUGUCGUUUUGCUUCUGUGACCAGCAUGGGAACUCUGAAUGUGUCUGUGGUGUUUGGCUUGCUUAAUAUGGUUUUAUGGGGAGGAAAUGUUUGGUUUGUAUAUAAGGACACCAACCUUCACAACCAAUCAAACAGAAUUUCUUAAAGUCCAGGAAUAUAUCCAACUCAAAGAGGAGUAUAGAAACAAGAUGAUACUUUGAAGUGCUUCCACUUUGACAUCACACUGCCAAGAGCAUGGAGCCCUUAGGAUUUAUUUCAAUAAUAACUGAUAAUACUUCAUACAAACUUCUAGUUUGUACUAUGGUUUGACAUAAGGUCUUGGAUACUCCAGCUGAAGUGUUUGAUUAUCUUGAAAUAUGUCUUUUGAAGUUGUGCAGCUUUCUGUUACAGUUUUUGAAGAGCAAAAUGUUGAGGUUAUCUGGAUGCUGACCCUUUCAGGUUCUUGAAUUAGCCUCAUAGGAGGGAUGGGUAAGAAGCAACUGCAUUUGGGUUAUUACUGCAACUUCUUUAGUUCGAACAAGCCUUGGCUGAAAAAUGAAAUGUAAAUGCAACAAGGACAUUUGAAAAUGCAGUUCAGCUUCUUCCUAUCACUGAUACCUUGCAAAAGCUGUCUGAGUAGAACUCAUAGCUCUGUCAGAGUUGCAGCCGUCACAUGUAGGUUUCCAGAUACUCCAUUCAGAUUACUGUAACAAAUCUGCUGACAGGCCUGUCCGGAAGGGCAUUACAUCUGUGUUUAAUAUGUUGUUACUAUUUAAUGGCUUGGGACAAUCUCUGAACAGAAGAUAGCUUAUAGUUUCACUAGAAAAUCACUUAACAAAGAUGAGAGUGCAUAUAUGUGUGCAAUAGAUGACUUAAACACUUGGGGGGGAAGUAAAGCAUGGCCCAAAACUCUUACGAAUACUGUAGAAAUCAAAGCUAAUAUAUUCUAACUGCUAGUGUCUGGGCUUCUAUGAAUUCCUUUUGAGGUGCAUGAACAAUGCUUGUGUGUGAAAGGAUAUAACUGGAGAUGUCUGAAUAGGACUAAGUCUUCAUUGAUGUUGUUCAGUGUAUUCAUUGGGAGCAAUAUUUGGUUCUUCUCAUGUGGACUUCUUUAUUAAGACAUCUGACACUGAAUUGCUCAGAAAGAAUGUUUUGACAAAUCUAAGAAACAAGCUGUUCAGGUUUUUUGAUUUGUUUAAACUGUUUGUGAUGAAAAUAGACAUAAUAGUAUGUAUAUAACAAAAUCCUAAUUGUUCAGUGUGCCAGAGCUACUAACUUUCUGAUAGUAUACUUCCAGUCCAAAGAGUAUAAUAAAAUGAGUGUUGCUG